UGCCGCGGGCGCGAGCGCAGGUUCGUUCAGAAAGCAACCGUGCUCGAAGCCUCGGACCAAGGUCUCGAGGAAAGAAGACCAAUCCGAUCACCGCCUCCCCGGCCCCGGCCACGGGAGCCAUCGCCAAGAUCGCAGCCGGAGCCCCAGAAGACGCCUCCGCCGAGGCCGGGGUACAAACCGGAAUCGGACCUGCAGCCGGGGCCGGGGCGGGAGUCAGGGCCCCGGCAAGAGUUGGGCCCACGUGUAGGGGAAGGACACCCCCCCAAGGCCUCAUCUGGAAGGCCGCCGGCGCCCGUGGUGGGGAGCGUGCCCUCUACCAGACCCGAGUCAGGGUCGCAGCCCGCGUCAAAGCCCCCAGCUCUUCCGCGACCCGGACAGCUGAGGGUGUCUUAUGGGGUCCCAAUUGCAGGGGCUGGCACCGCCUCCACCGCCCCGAAGGCCUUGCUGCCCUUGCUGCCGCUGGACAGCUUCAAGGGCUGGCUCCUCAAGUGGACCAACUACCUGAAGGGCUACCAGCGUCGCUGGUUCGUGCUCAGCAACGGCCUGCUGUCGUACUACAGUAUAUUGGUGCCCCUCGGCCAGUCGGCUGUACUAAUACACAUCACACAGAACAUGGUGUUCUUGGAGUCAGGCAACUGAGCAAAGAGAGAUCCUUUUCCCUGUUGGAAAGACCACUCUCUAAUGAAAACAAAACAAACAAAAAAACAACAACACAAAACUAAGUGAAGCCUGAUGUUUGGAGAAAAUGUGAAUAUAUAUUUCUUGUGCUCCCUCCCCAUCCUGUCUACCAGCGUGCCCUCCUCCAGUAUAACCACCUUCCCAAAUCCUAGUCACUAUCUCCUUUCUUUCCUUUUUUAUUUAGUUUUAUUUCAACCAUCUUUAACUUUAUUUUUAAACGGGUAUUUUACAGCAUAUGAUUUUGGGAACUUAUUUAUAAAAGUCCAGAAUGUGAGUGUACCACUUCUUAUUUGCACAUUUUCCUCUGGAUGGGUGACUACGAACUUUCUUGGACAUGUGCAGGGAUUUCUCUUGGGCGAAAUCACUGGGAUGUAGACAAUGAACGUUCGCCUUACCUAAUGCCAAACUUUUCCAAAGCACUUGUACCAAUUUACACUCCCACCUGCAAUUAAUAAGAGGUCUUGUGGGUCUAUAUCCUUUGCAAAACUUGUUAGUGUCAGCGUUGACUUUGCCAAUCAACUGGGUUUACUGUGGCGUCUGACAGUCUUGACCUGCAUUUCAAUCUGCAUUCUUUUUCUCUUAAUAGAAAAUAAUUGGGGGUUUGGAUUAGACUUUCUCCAUUGUGUGGCUUCCUCGGGUACUUCUGCCCUGGAUUUUGCUUGAGAAGCACAUUUGAUCACUUAAGCUUAUUCUGAGGGGAAAAGUACAUAAUGCUAAACAGCUGGGCUUAGUAACGUCUAUAUUAUCAGGAAAAAAAGAUGCUUUUUGUAAAUAUUGCCACAUAUAGAAAGAAUUUCUGGGAAGCAUGGAUAAUUGUUAGCAGGUUUUAAAUUCUUCUCAACAAUGUGGUAGGAACAUAAAUAAACUCAGGAGAUGAGGUUCUUACUCCAUUGCUUGACAUUUUCAAUCACGUCUGUUUGGAUACCAACAAGGAGAAUAUGGUUUUGUGUUCAGUUUGCUUUCCUUUAUUUUGGUUGGUAGUUCCCAUAAAAAAUUCAUCCCCAGUUCUUACCUCAUAGGGAACAUGUAAUUACAUGA